UGGGGCUACGAGUUCGAGUGGACUCGCCAACACAUGACGCCCGAGCAAAUGCGCCCGUUGAUGUUCUCCUACGACGUGCUCGCCACCGAGUGUCUGGACCGGCUGGACGAACUCGCCCCCGUGUCGCUUCCGUCCAAGGCCGGAGAGAGAAGGACGAAACCGAGCGGAAAGGCGGCAACAACAGAUGGAGAGCUAACACUAGACGGGAAAGAGGAUCCGGGGGAGAGGGGAGGUCACCACCGCCGCCACCGAGACCUAUUCGAGCUCCUUCGGCAACAAGCGUACCACGACGAGACGCUGCAACGGCUCUGGGCCGAAGUCAACACGGUGCCCGAGUGGGUCGACUGGCAGCAGAUCGAGCGGGGCCAGCACGUCUUCUACCGCUACGUCGGUCCGUUCCUUGUCGGGCUCACCUUCCAGUCUCUGCUGGGCGGCAUGGCCUUCCACCGCGUGGUCGAGACGCUGGCGCGGACGGGGGGGUUCGGGAUGGGUGCUGCGCGUCGGCGACUGCUCGAGACUUUCCAGCACGUACUGGACGUGACCGAGGGCCUCGAGGCCGUCCAGCCGGGGCUGGGACAGGGGGGCAAAGGGUGGGCCUCGACGGUGCGCGUGAGGCUGCUGCACGCCUCGGUGCGGAGGCGGAUCCUACGCCUCGCCGCCUCCGACCCCGAGUACUUCGACGUGGCGCGCUACGGCGUGCCCGUCAACGACCUCGACAGCAUCGGCACCGUGCUGGCCUUCUCGGCCUCACUGAUCUGGGUCAGCUUCCCGCGCCAGGGCAUCUUCCUACGCGAGAGCGAGAUCGCCGACUACAUCGCUCUGUGGCGCUGGGUCGCCUAUCUGCUGGGGACCCCGACCGACGUCCUAGCCACGCCUACCGCCGCCCGCACAAUGAUGGAGUCGCUGCUGGCCCGGACCGACGAGGUCGCCCCGUCAACCGCCUCGCAGGAUCUCGCCAAUAACAUCAUCGCUAGCCUGGCCGGCCAGCCUCCAACGUAUCCCUCUGCCGACUUUCUGCGCGCCGAGGCAUACUGGCUCAACGGCCACGCCCUCGCCGACGCGCUAGCCGUGCCGCGGCCGCCACGCUACUACACGGUGCUAGUGGCCGGGCAGUGCCUAUUCUUCAUGGCUAUGAGCUACGCCAAGCGCGCCGUGCCGGCCUGGGACCGCCGCAGCAUCCGGCGCCUGCGGCCGAUGCUGCGCGCCGUCGUCCUUGAGCAGGCCGGCGGCCGCGACGCCACCCACGCCUUCAAGUAUAUCCCC